AUUUCUAUAUUCCUGUGUCUGAAAUGCCUGAACACAAGAUCCAGUUAUCUGGUGGCCCACUGCAGGCAUUGGGGAUACAGAGACUAAGACAUCGCCCUCCCUCAAGGACCUCACAGUCUAGCCAGGAAACUGGAUACAGACAUAAUUACAAUACAGAGUGAUAAAUGCUCUAGUGGAGAUAACAAUGAAGAUGGUGCCAAAAAUGCUUUCUCCUUUGGUUAAAAAUUGGGCUCCGAAAGCAUUCAUAAUUUCCUUUAAGUUGGAGACUGACCCUUCCAUCAUAAUUAAUCGUGCUCGGAAUGCUUUGGAAGUUUAUCAACAUCAAGUGGUGGUGGCUAAGAUCCUUGAGUCACGACAGUCCUUCGUGGUUAUUGUAACCAAAGACUCAGAAACCAAGUUAUUGCUGUCAGAGGAUGAAGUAGCCAAAGGCAUAGUAAUAGAAGAAAAGAUAGUAGAAAAUCUUCAGUCAUGACACACAGCUUUUAUA